AUUCACAAUCUUCUUCUACUGUUUGAUUCAGUUCAUUCGAUUUGGUUGAAUACCGUCCAGCGCCUCUGUUUGAUUCUGUUGCAGAGCAGCCCGUCCCGAUCGAUAGAAUGGACAUUAAUGCUGUUGAUUUCCUCAUUGGCCCCGGCCAGCGUUUAGGCGUCUCGUCGCCACUCCGGCGCUGGCGCAUUGCCUACCGCACGAUCUAUUCCUGCCGCGCUAUGUGCUCCCUCGUCGCCAAGAAGUUCGCCGUCAUCCACCGCAGCAGCUCGUACGUCGCCAUUGAUGUCGAAGGCGGUGACUCGGCACCGUUGGCUUUUUCGAAAAUCACGGAUGAUGGUAAUCUCAGGGAGCUCGUCAAGGAACGGCGCCUUGAAGAUCUCCGCCGCCUCGGUGGAUCUGCCGGUCUCGUCCGCAUCCUCGGCUCUAACGCCGAGGCAGGGAUACACGGCGGCGCCGCCAACCUCAGCUCUCGGAGGGCGGCGUUCGGAUCCAACACUUACCCUAGGCCGAAGCCCAAGGGCUUCUUCCACUUCGUGUUGGAGGCGAUCAACGACCUGUUCAUCAUUAUCCUCAUGGUGUGUGCGGCCGUCUCCCUCGCCUUCGGUAUCAAGGAGCACGGCAUUAAAGAGGGGUGGUACGACGGUGCCAGCAUCUUCCUCGCCGUCUUCCUCGUCUCGGCUGUCUCUGCCGUCAGCAACUUCCGCCAGAUGAAGCGUUUCGACAAGCUGUCUGCGGAGUGCGAUAACAUCACCGCCAGCAUCGUCCGCGAUGGACGCCGGCAAUCUGUUUCCAUAUUCGACAUCGUGGUCGGCGACGUAGUCCUGCUAAACAUUGGCGACCAAGUCCCGGCCGAUGGAGUCUUCCUGCAGGGGUACUCUGUGCAGGUGGACGAGUCGAGCAUGACAGGCGAGAGCCACCCGGUUGACAUCGACGCCGUCAAGAACCCUUUCCUCACUUCCGGCGUGAAGGUCAUAGAUGGCUACGCCUCAAUGCUCGUCACGGCCGUCGGCACCGACACGAUGUGGGGCGAGAUGAUGGGCUCCAUUACCCGCGAGACGACAGAGCCGACGCCGCUGCAGGAGCGGCUUCAGAGGCUGACAUCAAGCAUAGGAAAGAUAGGCAUCGCCGUCGCCACUCUGGUCUUCGCCGUGCUCGUGGUCCGCUACUUCACCGGAAGCACCGAGGGCAACGAUGGACGGCCCAAGUUUGACAAGCACAACACCAACGCCUCCGACAUCAUCAGCGGCCUCGUCAACAUUUUCCAGGACGCCGUCACCAUCAUCGUCGUCGCCAUCCCCGAAGGCUUGCCGCUAGCCGUCACUCUGACGCUGGCUUUCUCCAUGAAGAGAAUGAUGAAGGACAACGCCAUGGUCCGGCGGCUCUCGGCUUGCGAGACCAUGGGCUCAGUGACCACCAUCUGCACCGAUAAAACAGGGACCUUAACGCUGAACCAGAUGAAGGUCACCCAAUUCUGGAUAGGAAAGGACCAAUGUCCGCCGGCGACCUCGAUUGCACCGGGAAUUCUGGCGUUGCUACACCAAGCCGUCGGAUUGAACACCACCGGCAGCGUCUACCGGCCUAACGUGGCGGCGGAGGCAGAGAUCACCGGUAGCCCCACGGAGAAGGCUCUGCUUUCGUGGUCAAUUUCGGAUCUCGGAAUGUGCGUCGACGAAAUGAAGAAGAAGUGCGCCGUCAUCCGUGUCGAAGCCUUCAAUUCGGAGAAGAAGCGGAGUGGAAUUAUGGUGGAAGAGAAAGCCAGCGGAGCCACCAUCACGCACUGGAAAGGAGCCGCCGAGAUGCUUCUGGUUCGAUGCUCUCAUUACGCCGACGGGAACGGGAGCGUUAAGCUUAUAGAUUCCGAGACAAAAUCCAAGCUCGAAGCGAUCGUCCACGACAUGGCUGCCUCCAGUCUCCGCUGCAUUGCCUUCGCCUACAAGAACACCGCCGGAGCAGAGGACUCCGAGGUCAACCACGGCGAGGAGCCAAGGCUCGAUGACACUGAGCUCACCUUGCUGGGGCUCGUCGGGCUAAAAGAUCCGUGUCGCCCGGAGGUAGCGCGCGCCAUCGAUGCUUGCAGAAGUGCCGGAGUUGGAGUGAAGAUGAUCACCGGGGACAACGUGUUCACUGCCAGAGCCAUCGCCGUCGAGUGCGGGAUAAUCAAACCAGAAGACUUGGACGCUUUGGUCGUGGAAGGGCAGGAGUUCAGGAACUACUCGCCUGAGGAGCGCAUGAAGAAGGUGGACCGGAUCCGGGUCAUGGCGAGGUCGUCCCCUUUCGACAAGCUGCUAAUGGUGCAGUGCCUGAAGCAGAAGGGGCAAGUGGUGGCGGUCACCGGCGACGGAACGAACGACGCGCCGGCGCUGAAGGAGGCCGAUGUGGGGCUAGCGAUGGGUAUCCAGGGCACGGAAGUCGCCAAGGAGAGCUCCGACAUCGUGAUCAUGGACGACAACUUCGAUACGGUGGUGACGGUCAUGCGAUGGGGGCGGUGCGUCUACAACAACAUCCAGAAGUUCCUACAAUUCCAGCUCACGGUGAACGUCGCGGCCCUGGUGAUCAACUUCGUGUCCGCGGUGGCCACCGGCGCCGUGCCGCUGACGACUGUGCAGCUCUUGUGGGUCAACCUGAUCAUGGACACGAUGGGGGCACUGGCUCUGGCCACCGACACACCCACCAAGGAGCUGAUGGAAAAGCCGCCAGUCGGCCGGACGGCGCCGCUGAUCACCGGAGUCAUGUGGCGCAACCUGACGGCGCAGGCUCUAUUCCAGGUGACAGUGUUGCUGCUUUUCCGUUUCCGAGGGGAAUCGCUGCUGGGUCUAACCGAAGCGGAGAACAACACGAUGAUCUUCAACACCUUCGUGCUCUGUCAAGUCUUCAACGAGUUCAACGCGAGGAAGCUGGAGAAGAAGAACGUGUUCCAGGGGAUGCACCGGAACAAGCUGUUCUUGGGGAUCGUGGCGGCGACGGUGGUGCUGCAGGUGCUGAUGGUAGAGUUCCUGAGGAAGUUCGCCGACACGGUGAGGUUGGGAUGGGGGCAGUGGGGGAUCUGCGUCGGCAUCGCGGUGGUCUCGUGGCCGAUUGGGUGGCUCGUGAAGUUUCUGCCGGUGGCUGAAAAUCCAUGGCGCCAACUCUGGACCUUCGUCAAAGGUUGAGAUGGCCGACAAUCUGUGUGUUACUUAUUAGAACAGCUCAUAAUUUUUCCCUUCGAUUCUCAGAAGAAUUCUUUCAUUUAAUAUAAAAUUUUAUGACAU